GAGGUGACCCAGGAAUAACUUUUUCUAGAUUCUGUUAUAAAAAUGAAAAUAACGAUCCUGCACAUUGCUUAAAAGAAGAGUUUGAAGCUCAUUGGCAAUGCUUAGAUAGAAACAACCAAGAACUUCGUCAUUGUAGAGGAUUGGAACGAAAAUUUAAUUCAUGCGUUUUUAAUGCACUGAAUCUAGAAAAAGUUAUUCCUGGGUCACCUCCUAACAAGCCUCCUAUUCAUCUUAAAGAGAGGCCUUUAUAUAAAGAACGUCCAC